UCAAUUUGAUUUCUCAAUACAUCCGCAACAACAAAUAAAAAAAGAAAAAACAAAAACAGAAAAACUCUCUCUUUUCCUCUCCUCUCCACCGUCGUUUCUUCUUCUCCGUUGUCGUCAUUGCGGCCAUGCGAAACGCACUGUGACGCAAUUCAAAGCCAAAACGAAAUAACGAAAAGCAACAGAAACAGCAGACGACAAUGGCGGAAACGUUUCGAAAGCUCCGGAAAUCGUUCUCUCUCAAGCUCUCUUUCCACGCCGGUUCCGGUUGUCCUCGUCCCUCCCAUUCCGGUUCUCCAAGCUCCUCCGAUUCCCAUCGUUCGCAUUCCUCCCUCACCGGCUCCGGCACCGGCACCGGCUCUUCCUCUCGUCUCUCUCGUAGCUUCAGCUUUCAGCCGUCUAAAUCAUCCAAGAAAACUUGUGCCAUCUGCUUGGGUAGUUUGAGAACUGGACAAGGCGUAGCCAUCUUCACUGCUGAGUGUUCCCAUUCUUUUCACUUCAAUUGCAUUACAAUCAAUGUACAGCAUGGAAAUCGCGUCUGCCCCAUUUGCCGCUGUGAAUGGAAAGACAUCCCCUUCCAUGCCCCUGCCAAUGUCGUUGAUAAUAUUAGACGCAUGGGUCAUGGCUCCGGUCAGGCCGGGGUGACUCCUCACAGUACUACCACUCCCGUACAGCUUCCAUCUGAUCCUGACCAUUACGCAGAUGAUGAACCGCUCCCAGUCAACCAAAUUGGCCCAGCUUCGUCACCCUCCCACGCCCAAGCAUUGACUGUUAAGGCCUUUCCCGAGCAUCCUGCUGUCUCUGCCACAGAUUCCCUUGACAAGUUUGCGGUUCUUGUUCACAUCCGUGCACCAUCUCUUCUCAGUGAUGCUGAUCAUCUGGAUCGUGCCCCCAUUGACCUUGUCACAGUACUUGAUGUUAGUGCAAGCAUGUCUAGCAAGCUUACUCUUCUCAAGCAAGCUGUUCACUUCAUUGUACAGAACUUAGGCCCUGCAGAUCGGUUAUCUAUAGUCGUUUUCUCUUCAGUAGCUAGAAGAAUUUUCCCACUUCAAAGGAUGAUCGAUCGUGGUCGUGAGGAUGCCGCCCUUGCUAUCAAUUCUCUAACCUCUAAUGGCGGGACCAACAUUGUGGAAGGCCUCAAGAAAGGGGUCCGAGUUCUUGAAGAUCGCCGUGAGCGCAACCCAGUUGCAAGUAUUAUUCUCCUAUCCGAUGGUCAGGACACAUACAAUGUCCGCAGGCAUAACAAUUGUGUGCGGAAUGACACAUCGAGCCAUGAAGUGGAAUAUCUGAACCUGUUGCCCUCUUUGAUUUGUCCUCAGAACUCGGAACCCGGAGGAGAAUCUCAACAACCAACCAUCCCAGUCCACACAUUUGGGUUCGGCUCGGAGCAUGAUUCCACUGCAAUGCAUGGCAUAGCCGAUGCAUCAGGUGGUACAUUUUCCUUCAUUGAAACCAUUGGCUUUUUACAAGACGCCUUUGCCAGGUGCAUUGGUGGUCUUCUCAGCGUUGUGGCUCAGGAUGUUCAGCUCAAAAUCAGUUCAAUUUCACCCGGGGUGAAAAUUGAAUCGGUACCUUCAGGUAAAUACAAGAGUGACAUUUUGAUGGAAGGGCAGCAAGCCAAGAUAGACAUUGGAGAGUUAUAUGCAGAUGAGGAGAAGGAAUUCCUGGUGUACAUCUCCAUUCCGAAGUCGUCUUCGGAAAGUUCAGAGAACACGCCAUUACUGGAUGUCUUGUGCACUCACAAAGGCUCAGCUUCAAUGGAGAUUCUUGAAGUGAAAGGUGAGAAAGUCGAGAUUCGAAGACCAGAGUUUUUGUCUACUGCAGACAAGGGGGUGAGUCUGGAGGUUGACAGACAAAGAAGCCGUUUACUGGUAGCCGAAACAAUCGCAGAUGCGCAAAGAAUGGCUGAAAUGGGAGAGUUAGAGGGAGCACAAGCUCUUCUGACUGAACGGAGAUCAACUCUCUUAGCUUCAGCAUCAGCCCAGGCAGGAGAUGGAAUCUGCAACUGGCUGGAGGCUGAGCUGAGAGAAAUCAGGGAGAGAAUGGCGAACAUGGAACUGUAUGAGCGAACCGGGAGGGCGUAUAUCCUCUCAGGAUUGAGCUCACACUCAUGGCAGAGAGCCACAACCAGAGGAGACACAACACAGACGUUCACCAUGAGCAACGGCAGAGGAGAUGAAACUACAAGCUAUGAAACACCAACAAUGGUGACAAUGGUGUCGAGGUCUCAAAAUCUCAACUUCACACGGGAUCCUCAGUCUCAACCUGGAAGCCACCAUAGCAGUAAGUCCAGCAGAAUUUGAUUCAGAAAUUAUGGUUAAAAAGGAAAAGGGGUUUUUUUUUUUUGCUUCAUCUGGGUAAUUAAUUUUUUCUUCUUCUUGCUUUUUGCCUGGUUAAUAAUGAAAAAAACAUAGCAAUUGUUAAUUGAAAAGGAAACGAUGAAAUGAAACCAAAGGUUUUAAGUAUUCAUUCAACUUCAACCCAUAGUUAUUCUUUUCUUGACUGUGUUAUUAGCUGUUUAUUUGCUUCUCGUUAUUAACUUUAU